AUGGAGAUGCCACGUGGUAUGGAAUGCCUUGUCAAAAAGAAUAUGGAGAAGAAAAUUUAUAUUGAGAUAGAGGAUGACUGGAAAAUGUAUUCCAUUGGUACAUUGUAUAAUAAAUUUGGAUUGCUCGACGGAACUACAUUCAUGCCCAGGUCCCUUCAGAUGAUGAUAAGUCACUCUUUUUUCUCAGCUUUCAUAAGCUUAGAUUGUGGGAUAUCUGAAAAUUCAAGCUACACAGAUCAGACAACCGGAAUACGCUAUAGUUCAGAUGCAGCAUUCAUAGACACCGGUGUAAGCAAGACUAUAUCUCCCGAAUUCAAGAAAAAUUCACUCUAUCAACAGUUCUUGAAUGUUAGAAGCUUUCCUGAAGGAACCAGAAAUUGCUACACCAUAAGACCUGCAAAAGGGACAGGUAACAAAUAUUUGAUAAGGGCCUGGUUCAUGUAUGGAAAUUAUGAUGCAGAAGAUAAACCACCAACUUUUGAUUUGCAAUUGGGAGUUGAUUUCUGGGACAGAAUAUCAUUGACUGAUUCAUCUUCUACGACGUGGAGUGAGAUCAUACAUGUCCUCUCCAGUGAUUAUAUAUAUGUUUGUCUCCUAGACAAAGGCCUCGGAACACCUUUCAUUUCAGCAUUAGAGUUAAGGCCUUUGAAUAACUCCAUGUAUGAAACUACUUCUGGAUCACUGGUGCUCUUUGAUCGUGUGGAUUUAGGUUCAACAACAAAUCAAUUUAUCAGGUACCAAGACGAUGUUUACGAUCGCGUAUGGAACCCUACUAACUUGAGUAGCCCCAUGUUGCUAAGAGAUUUAUCUACCAUCAACUCCCUGGCUUCCAACCUAUAUCAACUACCAUCUACUGUCAUGAGCACAGCUAUGGUGUCACAGAAUGCUAGCGAUUCAAUUAACUUGUGGUGGACUCCUAGCAAUUCUUCUGACCAAUUUUAUAUGUACAUGCACUUUGCUGAAGUUGAAGUGUUGCAGCUUAAUCAAUCCAGAGAAUUCUACAUCUAUAUAAAUGGGACACCAUGGUUGAAAGACCGUGUUGUUCCUGAUUAUUUAUCCAUGACUACAGUGUACAGCACAAAACCUCUAUCUUUCCCAAAGUUUGAUAUUUCAAUCAACAAAACAAAAAAUUCAACUCUUCCGCCCAUCAUCAAUGGCAUGGAGGUUUAUACUGUGAGACAGAUUAUACAUUCUCAAACAGAUGAUACAGAUGUUGCUGGUAUCAACGGCAUCAAGUCGACGUAUGGAGUGAAAAGGAACUGGCAAGGAGAUCCAUGUGCUCCUGAAGCUUUUUCGUGGGUUGGCCUCACUUGCAGCUAUGACGGUUUCAAUCCUCCUAGGAUCACAUCCUUGAACUUAUCAUCAAGUGGACUAUCAGGGGAGAUUUCUCCUUACAUAUCCAAUCUCACGGUGAUAAAAUCUUUGGAUUUGUCAAACAAUAAACUAACAGGGCAGGUGCCUAGUUUUCUAUCUCAAAUGGCUUCUUUGACAGUCCUAAACUUGAGAGGAAACAAUUUCACCGGUUCAGUUCCAGAAGAACUCCUUCAAAAGUCAAAAAAUGGAUCGCUCUUAUUGAGUAUCGAUGGAAAUGGAGCUACUGAAAACACAAAUCCUUGUCAGUCUGUUCCUUGCAAAAAGAAAAAAAACAAGGUUGUUAUUCCAGUAGUAGCAUCUGUUACUGCAUUGUUCGUACUCUUAAUUGCAAUAGGAUCUGCCUUAUGGAUCAUUGGGAAGAGAAAACGAGCAAGCAAAGAGAACGAAGUGUCCUUUGAUGUAAAGAAUCGAGAGUUUGCAUACUCUGAGGUCCAAAGUAUUACCAACAAUUUCCAGAGGGUUGUUGGGAAAGGGGGAUUUGGAACAGUUUAUCAUGGCCAUGUAGGGGACACUCAGGUUGCUGUAAAGAUGCUCUCGUCAUCAUCAAUUCAAGGGUAUAAGGAAUUCCAAGCGGAGGCCAAACUUCUUAUGAGUGUACAUCAUAAAAACUUAACUUCUCUUGUUGGGUACUGCAAUGAAGGCACCAACAUGGGAAUCAUCUAUGAGUACAUGGCUAAUGGAGACCUAGCAAAGCACCUGUCAGGUACACAUGUCACACUCGAAAAUAGAAAUCAAAAUGUUUUAAGUUGGGAAGAGAGGCUUCAAAUAGCAACAGAUGCAGCACAAGGAUUGGAAUAUCUACACCAUGGUUGUAAGCCACCAAUAAUCCACAGAGAUGUGAAGUCUACCAAUAUCUUAUUAAAUGAAAAAUUCCAAGCCAAAAUUGCUGAUUUUGGACUGUCCAGAGUUAUCCCAACUGAAGGUGGUACUCAUGUAUCAACAAUUGUUGCUGGUACUCCUGGGUACCUUGACCCUGAGUAUUUCAUAUCAAAUUGGUUGACUGAGAAAAGUGAUGUCUAUAGCUUUGGAAUUGUUAUCUUGGAGAUAAUCACAGGUCAGCCUGCAAUACUCAGAAGUCCUAACAACACUCACAUAAUUCAAUGGGUUAAUUCCAUGCUUGCUAACAGGGAUGUUAUAAGUAUCAUUGAUGCCAAGUUAAAGAAAGAUUAUGAUGUUAAUUCUGCUUGGAAAGCGGUUGAGUUAGCAAUGGCUUGUGUAUCUCACACUUCCACCAAAAGGCCAACAAUGAAUCAUGUGGUGAUGGAAUUGAAGGAGUGUUUGGCAAUGGAGGUAGCUCAACAUGAUUCAUAUAAAUCAAUGGAUUCAAUUGGAAUGAUGCCAAUGAAUUUGGAGAGUGGAAUGAGUCCCAUGGCGAGGUGA